AACAGCAGAUUCCAUGGGAGAGGAUGUGUUUAGGAAUGUACCAGAUGAAAUUCUGGGUCGCAUAGUUUCUUUUCUACCAAAAGAAUCAGCACUAGAAACCUGUCUCCUCUCUACUAGGUGGAGAAACCUAUGGAAUGAAGCACUUGUUAAACAUGGAACAGCAGAGGAUGUCACAUCAGUUGUUGCUGGAUUUCUGACACGUUUUGAGGAGCUUGAUCCACUCAAGCAUCCUAGAAAGCUUCAAUUUCACUUUGCUGAAGACAGUGUUGUCUUAGCAACUGCUGCAAAUAACAGCAAGCUUUUGUUGGAUUUUUCCCCUUGGAAGAGAGAGCUUCAAAUGGAGUAUGAGUUGCAAUUCAAGCUCACCUACCAGUCUUUUCCACCUACUUUCUCAGUCAAAACACUCUAUUUGAAAUCAGUGAGUUAUUUGACCAGUGAGGUAGCUUCAUCCAUUGUUUCAAAUUUGGAGCAUCUUGAGAACUUGGUGAUCAUUGAGUGUAGUGGGUUGCAAUCUUUGAGUGUUGACUCUAACUCACAGCUUCACAAGUUAACCAUCUUAGAUUGCUUACAAUUGAAGACCCUCCAUCUUAAAACUUCAAAGCUCAAAUCUUUUCAUUAUCGUGGACCUCUUCCUGUGAUUAGGCCUGAAUAUCAUUUCAACUUGAGUGAUGCCAUGCUUGAUUUCAGAGUAGGACCUAGCUGCAGUGUUUUGAAGACUAAAGAUUUUGAUGCAACUUUAUUAACAAUAAAGAACUCUCAAGUUCUAACUCUCUGUAAAUGGACUUUCGAGGUAUGCCAUGCUUGUUUAAUUGCAUUUUUUAUUCAUUGA